CUAUGGCAACUUUGGUAUAUUUCAAUGAGACUGCAGAACUGCCAUGUCGCUUUACAAACUCUCAGAACUUAAGCUUGAAUGAACUAGUAAUAUUUUGGCAGGACCAGAAUCAUUUGGUUCUAUUUGACCUCUACCAAGGGAAAAAAAAUGUUUACAGUGUUGAUGCCAAAUAUAAGGACCGCACAAGUUUUGACCAGGACAGAUGGACCCUGAAAUUGCACAAUGUCCAGAUCCAAGACAAGGGCAAAUAUUCAUGUUUCAUCCAUCAUAAAAAGCCUGAAGGAAUGCUUCCCAUCAUCCAUACAGAUUCAGAACUAUCAGUGCAUGCUAACUUCAGUCUACCUGAAAUAACACCAGUUUGUAAUGAAACAGAACUUGCUGACACUGUGAAUUUGACAUGUUCAUCUACUCAUGGCUACCCAGAACCAACCAGCAUGUGGUUUUCAACAGGGCAGGAGAAGUAUAAUGCUGUCAUGAAGAAAUAUCAAGAUAAUGUCACAAAACUGUACACUGUUUCUAUUAGCGCAUCUAUUCCCCUCUCUCUUGGCACAAACAGUAUGAGCAUCUUCUGUGUCCUGCAGCAAAAGACAGCACAGCUUUGGUCCAAACCUUGCAAUAUAGAUAAAAUGCCAGAACCGACAAAGCCACCUGACCAAGAACCCUCCCUCAGAAUUGUGGCUAUAUGUGUAAUUUUGGCGGUUGUAUUCCUGAUGGGGUUUGUAAUAAUACUAAAGAAAAGUAAGAAGAAGUCUGGAACCUCUGAUGAAUGUGAAACUAUCCCAGGGGAGGUGAGAAAGAAGGAAGAGUUGGAGGCAAGAGUAAGAAGCCAUGUAUCUGAAAAAUCUGACAAAGUCCAAUGUGUCAUCAAUGUUUCCAAGACAGCUUCUGAAGACAAAAGUGCUACAGAUACUUAA